AUGCAACGCUUGGUACUUGAUGAUAGAACCUGUAAAUUGGAUGAAAAAACAUGGAUGUUGCCAGAAAUUACCAGUGACACACUAAAAAAGCAUUUAUAUUACUCGAUGUCUUCAGAUUGUCAACGCAUAGACGCUUGUGUUGAUUUUUCUGUCAAAGUUUUAGGACAAGUCAUUACAAAGGCUUUUAAAGCAUAUAUUGAGAUCGAUUUUUGUAAUUUUGUGUUUGCAUAUGGAUUUGAAGGACUAAAAAAAUCAACCAUUCUGAUAAACUACAACUGGGGUCAGAUGGAAAGGUAUCAAGUGACAGACAAUAUCCAUGUUUUAGGAAAAAUAGGCAAAAACGAUGAUAAGAAUGUGUUUGAAAUAGAUUUUGGAAUGAAGCUGUGUAUUGAAGGAAGCUGUAUACUUGAUGACACAAUGUUUAUUCAGGAUUUGGAACUUGCAAUACCUAUAUGCAAUGAAAAUUUUACAUGGCCAGGUGGAAAUAGUAUUUCUGAUAUGGUGAAUGCAAUUGGUGGACAUCUUACAACAGAAGCAUUCAAUAUUAUUUUAAGAAAAUUUGGAAUUGAUAGCAUUUUUACAGAGAAAUGUGACCUGGCAGUAACUGGAAAAGGUUCACAAUGUUCCUCCACUUUCACGAUGAUAGACUCCAUGAAAGGGAUAGCACAGUGUGAAUUUACAGACAACUGCUUUGGACUUGACUGUUGUUUAGAACUGAAAUUCAAGCUUCCAUUCCAGGGAGAUGAUGUAACAUACAGUAUCCCUUUUGGAUUUAAACUUAAGCCAUGUGAUUUUGAGAUUGAAAUAAGUCUUGCAACAUAUUAUCAUAAAACAGUUCUUCUUAAUUAUGAUUGGGGUAUGGAGAAUGAGCUUAAGAUUGGAAAGGGUGACCCAGCUCCAAUUAUUAUAAGGUUAGUUCAUUCUGUCUUUCUGGAUCCUUUCCAUGUAACUGUUGAACAAUGCAUCUAA